GUAUAUUGUAGAAAAUGACGCAGUAUUAUAUUAAGCAUUAAUACCAAAUAAAUUAAAGUGGAACGGGUACUGUUUACGCAUGUUUUUAAUGUCAAAGAUUAGUAACAUCAUUCGAUUCAACACUUACAGUUUGCUUUGGUGACUCGCUAAUCCCUUUUGAUAUGUACAAGGGUUAAAAGAUAUACCAUUUCAUAAAUAAUACAACAAAUACUUAAGAUAUCUUAAUAUAGAAUAUUUUAUCAAAUAGACGGACAAUCUUGUUCAAUACUAUAUAAUUAUGUCGUGAAUGGUUAAAACCUUGCGAAGUGGCGUUUUAUCGGUCUUCAAUCGGAUGGCUUUUGAAUAACUGCUAUUGUAUUUAUUUAUCGGUUAAAAACCAUGGUUUGACAACUCUGAAAUCGUGACCGAGGAAUGAACAUUUGUAAAAAAAAAAAAGUGCAUUUUUUGUUAAGAGAUAUAACAUGGCGACUGGCACCGAAUGCGUGAGGAGGAAAGUUUCAUUUUAAUUAGAACAAGAAAAAAGCUGCUGGUGGACGCUUACAUUGGAACUUAAAUGACAUAGACACGGGAAUAUUCGAACUGUUAAGGAUUGCAUGAAAAGGGAACAUACGAAGAAGGAUUUGCAGUUGAGAAGGAUCACAUGUUCUAGAAGUCAUCUCUAGCUAAUGAAGCUUGUGCUGGAUUUUGUAAUAUUGUGUAACAUUUUAGCUCUAAUUGGAUCAGUCCACAUAAUUAGAGAUACGCGGAUAUAACAUUUCACUUGAUAUGUUUUAAUAUCACUUUCCAGUGCGUAGCUUGAACUGGAUUUUAAGGCAAAGUUAAACUUGAAUAUCGCGUUGCAGUGUGAACUGGUUUGUAUGGCCACAUGAUUGCGGAAGCAACCAUUUGAUUUAAAGGAGAAUAAUUUAUCAAAGAUAUCGUUUGUUAAUUUCUCAAAAAAGUGUCUUAAAAUGGCGAAUCAGCGAAGAGGAAGAAAAGGAUUUCAUCACGAUAUUAUAAAUGUUACAGAACUUGAUGAUGACCUGGAAGAAUUUACUUUAUCCAGUGACAUAAAUCCUAGCAAAUCAAAGACAAGUACUACAAUUGGUCAUGCGGGCGCAGCUACUAUUACUGGGCACGUAAAAACGAAUUAUUCCGUUCUGUUGCCGAAAACAGCAUAUCACGACCCUUUAAAGACAAUUAGUGUGAAAGACCCCUUUGCGGAGAAAAGUAAAUUGAACUUAGACAGAAAUAAUAAAACACCCAGUUCGUCGUUCAAGCUUGACAAUGACUUAAAACGAAAUACUCUGCAAAAUACCUCAGCAGGCCAAACUGGACUAAAUAAAGAUGCUGUGUCUACGCAAAAUAGUCCCCAGGUGACAAAAACAACAACCACACGCGGACUCGCAUCUACGCCAUUGAAUAAGAAUAACCCAGUCACAACAACAUAUAUAACUAAACGAUAUAAUGCUACACCAAGGGUAGAUAAGAAUAAAAAAGGAUUUAGCCGCGAAGAGAAAGACCUUUAUAUAGAUGAUAUUGAAGAUUUUUAAAAAUUACUUUUGAAUAACCAGAUAAAUACUCAGGUUGCUUCCGGUGAUGUUUAUUGUAGGUGGUGUUUAAGACAGAUAAGAAACUGGCAGAAGAAAAGGAAAUAGUUUUGACGAGAAGAAAACUAUUUUUCUGGAUUCUUUCGACUCAUGAGUAAAGAAAUAAAGCUAUGCAGUAGUUAAGAA